AACCUUCGGCGCUUCUUGAAUGGCUGCCACUGAACAUGAAUUGACUUCUUGUAGGAAAUCAAUGGGAGACUCUAACAGUUACUCCGAUUUGCAAAAAGCCAUAGAUGAAUUCAGACGCUACUAUGACUGUAGUUCCAAGUUAUUCGAGCGAACAGUGGAUUGUUUUCAGGAAAUCGAAAGAAGUGUUCCAGUGACUAACGACGAUGCAUUCACGUUUCUCUUGCCGCAUCAAGAGGAAGUAAGAAACGAGCUCCAGAAAAGCCCUUCGGUGUUCUUUAUUGGCGAAAAGAAUUGUGGAAAAAGCUCAGUGAUUAAUGAACUUCUUAGGAAGUCCGCUUUACCUGUUGACGAGACCCCUUGCACAGCAAGAAUUGUUCGAAUCAAAUAUGCGACUAAGCCCUACGCUAGACUCGUCAGAUCAAAUGGCGAAGAGGGAGAGAAAAAGUUCUUUACCGACAAACAACCCCCAAAAGAAUUCAUCGUCGUUUCCGAUCAGGAAAGGCAAGAUGAAGCUGUCUUGGGAACCACUGUUGAGGUCGGAUUAAACCACAAGCUUCUACAAAGUGGACUGGAACUCAUCGACUCGCCUGGGAAGAGUGAAUCGGAGGCACUAGACAAAGUGUUGGACAGCUUCCUUGAAAAAGGCACCAUACCAUUGUUUGUAUAUGUUAUCAACGGAGAUAAACGACUCACACGCUCGGUAAGUAAAGGCUAAAACACACAUUGAAUCACUCUACUAGUCCAUGCGUGAGACAUACGCACAUCUGUUGUUCUUUAGUAUAAAUAGAAGCUGUAUUGUUUACAUCUCAGUUAUGGUUUGAAGUCUGGCAACAAAGAGCAUGGAAAGUUUUAAUCUCUUACUUGAUCUAACAGCAACUUUGCCAAAGAGUCUCGUAAAACACGAGAAAAUAGAAUUUAAUUUAAAUGAUUUUAAAAAUUAAAACCUGAAAUCAUUUCGCGAAGUAAUAACUACAAAUUUAAACCGGAAGAACCCUGAACAGCUAUGAUGAGCUGUUUUAGGGUAAUAUAUGUAACGGCACUGAGAUCAAAAUCAAAGUAGGAAAGUGAUGUUGCCAUUUAUCCACAUAGGUACGUGAGCACUUGGUCAGUUAUAGGAACUCUCACAUUUUCAGACAUCUACAUAAUUCUCCACAAUGUCGCACUCUUUGUUCUGAUGAGUGUUUUAACAUCUUAGAUCACGCUUCCACAACUUUUCAACAUAAAAUCAAAGAAGCUAUCUAUAUUCAAUGGGAGAAACCUACACUUAAUCACCAACCUUAUCAUUAUGUUAAUUUCAAACUUUCCUUGUAAUUGCAUACAUUGUUCUGUUACUGUUGUUUGUCUUGUCCAAUCAGCAUUUUGUUACACACUUUAAAUUCAACUUUGUACUUUGUAUCAUUCAGAACUGAAGAUGACAGAAGAACUGUCGAAACAUGGUUUUAAAUUUAAAAAAUUGUCGUUCAUUUUCUCAAUGUAGAAAAGUUUAAAGAAUGUACAAUCAGGUAUUCAAAUAGUCCACUUUCUACUCUGUCGUGAACCCUUUCGCUACAUGAACUAGACUGGAGAAGUUCCAAAAUACCUACUUUGUACAAGUGGACCGGUUGAUUUAUAGCCUAGGGGCGAAGGGGAGGGGUCAGGGGCUUUUGGUUGUGGCAUGAUAAAAUUUACCUGAUACCCCAUAAGGCUUUGUAAUACUCUUAUCAUCCCCCCCUCCCUCAUUGGUAGUUAAUGAGCAGUCAAUGUUCUAUGAUUUCCCCUUUAUACCAUGUUGGCGACGACUGAUCUCACUCAGUUCUCCUAGAAAACCAUGUGACCCCCCCCCCAAAAAAAAAAAAAAAGAAAAAUCAAAAUCCUAGGUACCAUUCUCAAAUUGUCAUUCGAAGUUAUUGAGAGUAAAUCUUUGCCAUCAGAAUUUUCUCUUUAAACUAACCUUUCACUGGGCUAUUUAUUUCUUCCUUUCAGGAUGGAGAAACACUGGAAUUCUUAAGGAACAAAUUUCCUCAAACUCAAAUCAUUUUUGUUUGCAACAAAGUGGACAUCACUACGAAAGCAAAGAAAUAUGAUCGGCGGUCAAGACGUCGCUUGCAAACUCACAGAGAUGAUGAUGACGACGACGACGACGAUGAUGAAGAUGAUGAUGGCGAUGAUGAUGAAGAUGAUGAAGAUGAUGAAGAUGAUGAAGAUGAUGAAGAUGAUGAAGAUGAUGAAGAUGAUGAAGAUGAUGAAGAUGAUGACGAUGACGAAGAGACGGGUAGCAGCUGUAAACGUCAUUUAAAUGAGUCAAGAAUAGCAAACGAAAAGGCAAAGGCCGUUUUUGAUCAACUAAAAGACAAGUAUCUCCGUGGAGAUUCGUGGGAGACGUGCCCCAUGUUCCAUGCUAUUUCAGCCAAAGAAGUUCGCGAAGAACGCCUGAGAAAACGAGAGGGAGAAGCAAGCACAAAAUUUCGUCUUUUUGAAACCAGUCUAAAGAACCACCUUUGUGAGGUUGUUAAAACUCAAACUGUUAGAGUCGUAAGAAAACUUGUACUUCUUCUAGAAAGCUUUGCGAGUACCAUGAAGGUGCGAAGGGAUUCCAUCACCCACAAAGCAUCGGUUGUGCCUUUGUUGAAUUCAAAGGCUGCCGAGGUGUUAGACAAAAUGAUCCAAACGUUGGCAAAAGCAAUCACAUUCAAGUCGGAGGAGGCAGAGCGCACGCUUUUGGCAAAUUUAGAAGUCCUUAGGACGCAUGUUUUACGCGAAGCUGAAGAGUACAAAGCCGAGAAACGGGAAAGUCUGCAGAUAGAGUUUCAAACUAUGGUUAGAACUGAGCUACCGGCUUUCUCAGAAACACUGCUAGAUUCCGGCCUUGACAUAGCUUUAGCAACAUUUGUUGCUGACAUGAAACGAAGUAUCUUGGAAAUUUCAUGCCAAACCCUGGAGACAGCUGUUCACGGCCUCAUGAGGGAUUACGUCCACGAUCUUAUACGUGCUAUCGAUGACUUCCAUUCAGUCGUUCAAGACCCAAUGGUCUCGUGCAUAUUAGAGGACAUCUAUGACUUUCAAUUCCUGGCCGUCAAAAGUGAAACAGACCAGUUACUCCAGGUUGUAAUGAAUGGGCUUCUUGACUCCACGAACGACGUUUCUUCUGUUGCUCUGAGAACUGGAAUCUCAGAUCCUCUCUCUCGCGUUCUUUCGCCACAAGACUUAGAGAGUUACGAUGACGUAGAUGUUUCCAAGAAGUCGAUCAGGCGCAAUAUUUGUGAGACUCUGUUGGCCAUGAUUGACUUCACUGGUGUCGUGGAUUCAGUUCUAGCUGCAUGUGCAGGCCGUCUGUUAGAAAUGCAUGAGAAAUUUCAGGAUGCCCUUUCUUCUUUCAAUUCUUUGCAAGAGGCUUUUACCAACAGCUUCGUGUCGUGGCAGCUGGAAUCUUUCCGGGUCCAAUUCACCCCACAGAUUCGAAAAUUGACUGUGGAAGGAAUGGCCUUGCAAUAUUUGCAGACGUUUGGGCCAGUUGAGCGUGGUUCUCUUGUGGCCAAAACAAGACACGGAGCUAUCUAUGACUGCAUAAGCGAAAGCUGGUGUAGUGCCUCACCCACCGGACAGUGCGUGGUAAAAGUCAUUGAAAAGCGAAAUUUGAGCGAAGCUGCCUGGAGCCAGAAUGCUGUGGAUUUAGUCAACAUGAUGUAAGUAAUGCAUUAAAAACUGUAAUAAAUUAAUGCGUCAGUCAAUUCUAAGCUUCAUCAGCCCCUCCGGGCAACCACCCGGGCAUUUGAGCUUUUGAAGAUUAUUCCGUUUAUAUUCCCGCCCCUCUGGCUCAAAUUUGCAUUCAAAUGGCUUACUCAAGCACAAUUUGUUUAUUGAACAAUUCUUUGUAUGAUCGACGAAUUUUUUAGAAUUUAACAAACUCGUAUAUUUUUAUUUUGGUGCUAUUGUUUUUGUUGUUGUUUUUUUUGGCUUGUAAGUAUCAUUCUUCGAUGUGAAAGCGGACUCUUUUCUUUUAACUCCUCCAUAGUUAAAAUUUUAUCAAUACUCCUGGCUAAAGCUCCCCACCCCACCCAGGUAAGGUCCACACUCCUCACCCCCGCGGCGUGGACGACAAUCAAAUGCCCGUGGGUUGCCCAAGGGGAUGUAGAAGCUUCAAUUUGAUCAUAAUUUGCUCGAUAAGAACAAAAACACGUUUUGAGGAUUCCCCUGUUCAAUUUAUCUCAAUGUUUGGGUGACUCCCCUGAUAGUUUCGUGACCAUGAUUCAGUCUGUUCACUCUUUUACAAAUCCGAAUAGUAGAAUAUCUGAUAUGUAUUUCUAAGACUUAACGAUCUGAAUUACCAUAUCCCUGACAAAAUCAUGAGAGUAAAUAUGAGCGUUAUUUAAUUUUAGGGACAUAAUUCUGAGGCUCAAUGGCUCCCACCCAAACCUGUUACGCUUGUAUGGAUGGACUCUCCCAGAUCCUGAUACCGUACACGUCGUCAUGGAGAAAGCAGAAAAGAAUCUGCUGCGUGCUCUCCAACAGGGGUUGCCGCUGAUAAUAAGGAUCAACAUAGCCUUGGACGUGGCUGAGGGGUUGAAGGCCAUUCAUGAUAUUGGUUACAUCUACGAGGAUCUGAAACCUGGAAAUAUUCUAGUAGGGGUCCUCUAUGUGUGCAAUCUAGGAUUUGGUUUUAAAUGAUGGUCUUAGCUGGAGUUGUAAGAAAAAUUUAAAUAAUCACAGCAGCCUAUAUGCCAUACAGGCUUCUCACAAAAUGUGUGAGAUGACCCUAUCGAAUGGGUCGUUCUUUAGUUUUAAGAAUCGUGUUUAGUCUCAAGAAUAUGUCAACAAAAUAUAUUUUAUAGUAUCUGGCCACCCCUGAAUUCUGAGAAAAUCUGAAAUUUUAGAUUCUGAAAUUACAAGAAUUUAGAUGAAAUCAUUGGAAAAUAUUUAAGAAAAAAGUGUUCCCCUCAAGAGACAGUAUAAAUACAGUAAGAGCUUACCUGAGUAAAUCAUGGAACUUUAUCUAUGUACUGAUAUUGUCACUCAUAAUUUGAAUUUUAUGCAAUUAAUUAUUUCUCAGCCAGGAGUAUAAAAGGGUACUGGCGAAUUGUCAGGGAAGCCUGAUGAAAAUUUUUUUUUUUUUUUUUUGGGGGGGUGUGGGGAACCUUGGGAUGGAUUAGCAUCCCAUCCAGGGGGGGGGGGGGCUGUAAUACUCCAAGUCUCUUCAUGCUACAGAAACCGACAUAAUGUCCGGCUUGAUGAGCCACUUGGCUCAUUUACAGACUUCACUUCUUUAAUUAAGUCAACAUAAAGUAACACUAAUUUCCCUGCAUUAACGUGAAUACGUUUAUACUUCCUUUAGCUCAUGAAAGAUGGAAAAGCCAAGAUCAACCUCGCUAAACCUGAAAGUCCUUACAACAUGACCACUCUUGGUUCACCGUUCCACAUCUCACCAGAAAUGUACCACUACCACCGAGUAAGUCACCUCAGUUAUCAUUCGUACGACAUCUACGCAUUUGGAAUGUUACUGUGGGUGCUCUUUGAGGGAAGUGGGACAACAAGACCUGAAGUUUACCAAAACAUGAAAACCACUGAGGAAAUGCGAGAAGCGGUUGAGAAAGGAGUCCUUCCGAAAAGACUGCCACGGGUGAAUGAUGCGUGCUGGAAUUUGAUGAUGAUGUGCUGGAAAAACAGAGAAAGCAUUAAAAUGGAAAACGUCAUCUGUGAAUUGAACCCGAUAAGGCGUUCUUGCCUGGACACUUUGAUGCCCAGCGACCGUCGUUGAACAAAUAUUGUAUUCCUUGUUCCAGAAUUUUAUUACAUAAGAGCAUACCAUGCAAGAUGUUUAAAACGUUUAGGAAUUACUCAUCAAAAAGAUAGAAAAGUGAUAUAAAAAGGAUGCUUGAAGUCUUAGGAGAGAGUUAGCUGUACCGGAACCAAAGCAUGUAGCAUGACAUAUUCCUUAUAAACUGCACCUGUCACCAAAUCUGUGAGGGGAGGGGUUGAUAUUUCUGGACAUAGCCAUAUACCCCUAGCGAGUAAUGUUAAUAGAUUUUUGGAAGAAUCGAUAUUAGUUCACAUUUUGAUUUCAUAUAAGUUCAGAAUAGGUUGGAAAUACUUUGGAAGAAUGGUGGUGUGAAAGAGAGACAAAAAAUAUAUAGACAAAUUGCUUCAGGCAAAAGGAGGCGGAACUCAACAGAAGUAACACCUAAUUGAAAUUGGCUGGAUAUAAUUCCACUAGAGGGUUGAGCUGAAACAGUAUAGUACGGGUUUCUUACUAGUUGGCCUGGCAGUUCACAGUACUGGUCUUUGUUUUUCUGGCGGUGUAUCCUGACGUUUUUAUGCAGUUUCAUGUGCAGUGAUCGAGAGGCUUUAUUACAAAAUUUCUAUCUAGAUAGGCGAAUUUUUGAAAUUUUUAGCCUUUCAAGUGGUAAAGUUUUCUCAAUUUAUUCCUUACACUAGACAAAAGUGAACGUUUAAUUUCAGCUUUGGAUCAUAUUUCUUUGCGCAAAAAUGUGGGUCGAGAAAGAGAGAAAGAAUCGGGCAGGGACACGUUAGUAUAAUUGACCAUGUAACUAGAUACUAUAGAAACUAUACUUAAAGCACAAACCCAACUAAAGCUGCUUUCCACGAAUGCCGUGCCUGAACGUACUUCUUUAAUUAAACGCUUAAAUAACCCAAGGGACUCUACUUGUCUUAUGUUACGAGGAAGUCUGUUCCAAAGAGUGGCGCCGCUGUAGCUAAAGUUAUUUUAUUAAUAGUUUGUGCGCGGCAAAGGGAGAUUAAGCUUAUUCUCAGUCUCUUAGGUUCUAUACGCAGUUUGGUAUUCGAGAAGAAAUAGAAUGGUUUGAUAGUUCCAAU